GGUUUGUGAACUAGAAGAGUUGGGAGAACUGUCUCCCUGUUGGGAAAGCCUUCGUCGACAAAUAGUGACUCAGUACCAAACCAUUAUUUUGACUUAUCAGGAAAAUCUAACUGACCUACACCAGUACAAAGGUCCUUCAUUUAAAGCCAGUAGCUUGAAAGCUGAUAAAAAAUUGGAAUUUGUUCCUACAAAUUUACAUAUACAGAGAAUGAGAGUCCAGGAUGAUGGAGGAUCAGAUCAGAACUACGACAUAGUCACCAUAGGAGCACCAGCAGCUCAUUGUCAAGGCUUUAAAUCAGGUGGCUUGAGGAAAAAGCUGCAUAAAUUUGAAGAGGCAAAGAAACACAGUUAUGAGGAGUGUUGCACUUCAACGAGUUCCCAGUCUAUAAUAUACAUCCCCCAGGACAUCAUUAGAGCAAAGGAAAUUAUUGCCCAAAUCAACACCCUGAAAACGCAGGUCAGUUACUAUGCAGAAAGGCUGUCCCGAGCUGCCAAGGACAGAUCAGCUAAUGGCCUGGAAAGAACACUUGCCAUCCUGGCAGACAAGACCCGGCAACUUGUCACGGUCUGUGACUGCAAACUGUUGGCAAAUUCAAUACAUGGACUGAAUGCUGCAAGGCCAGACUAUAUAGCUUCAAAAGCAUCUCCAACCUCUGGAGAAGGGGAGCAAGUGAUGCUGAGGAAUGAUCAAGAUACACUUGUGGCCAGAUGGACUGGGAGAAAUAGCAGAUCUUCUCUGCAGGUGGAUUGGCACGAAGAGGAGUGGGAGAAGGUGUGGUUGAAUGUUGACAAAAGUCUGGAGUGCAUUAUCCAGAGAGUGGACAAACUCCUGCAGAAGGAACGUUUGCAGAGUGACAGCUGUGAAGAUGUUUUCCAGUGCGACGUCAGCACCACGAGUAAGAAAG